CUUGAUGGUGUCGGGCGUGUAAUUCCAUAUACGUAUAUUUAUUUAUAAAUGUAUUCGAAUCUUUUCUAACUUGUUGAUGCUAAUAAACAACAUUCCUCCCAAAAACAGCGAUGCACAACUGUCGACGUAGCUUCACAAUCUAAAUAAAUGAUUUUUAUUUUAAAUUAAAUUAAAAGUUCAAAAGUUAAGUUAUCAAAUCAUGGGAUUGUUAGCAGCAAUAGGUUUCAUUGUAAUAGCAUAUUUUGUGAUUCAAUUUCUGUUGUGGACCCUUCUCGAUUGCGACAUUGAAUUAUUCUUUGCAUCAAAAUUGGGAAAGCCUAUAAGUAGUCUUAGAGGAAAAGUUGUUUGGAUUACCGGUGCUUCAAGUGGAAUUGGGCGUGAACUGGCAAAGGUUCUGGCAGUUCAUGGAGUGAAAUUAGUUUUAUCAGCUCGCAAUCUACGUGAGUUAGAGCUAACGAAACAAGAAUGUUUAUCACUUUCGAAAGGUGGACUAAGAGCCGAAGAUGUUCUCGUCAUUCCAUUAGAUAUGCUUAAAUUUGCAUUUCACCAAGAUAGCUUCAAUCGUGUAAUAAGUCACUUUCGUGCUCUCGACAUUCUCGUAAAUAAUGCGGGAAGAUCACAAAGAGCUGAAUGGAACAAAAUUGAUAUUAAUGUUGACCGAGAGCUUUUUGAAUUGGAUGUUUUCUCAGUCAUUCAUCUUUCACGUCUUGCUGUUACUUACUUUGAACAGAACAGCAUCAAAGGACAAUUGGCGGUGACAUCGAGUACAGCUGGUCUCAUUGGUGCCCCUAACUCUGCUUCUUAUACUGGAGCAAAGCAUGCAUUACAUGGUUACUUUGAAUCGUUGCGAAACGAGAAGCCGGAGAUCAAUGUUAACAUUUAUUGUCCCGGGCCAACAGUCUCAAAUUUUCUACAAGAGGCUUUUGUAGAAAAUCCCGGCUUGAAAUAUAAUCAACCAGUUCAACCAACCGACAAACGAAUGACAACUGAACGUUGUGCUUAUCUUUAUGCAGUUCUUUUAGCCAAUAAUAAAAACUUAUGCUGGUCAGGAAUUUUUCCCAUCAAUUGGAUUGCAUAUAUUGGUUGCUAUUAUCCAAACAUAAAGAAGCUAUUGUUGGCAAUUGUUGGUACAAGACGUUUAGCGAAGAUUCGAGAUGGACGCAACAAUCCAGAUCCCAGUCAAGUUUAGAGAUUAAAUUGCUUUUUUUUUACUUUCUUUUCACUGUUUUUGCAUUUGCUUUCCGUUUUUCGGUGGCGCUCAGCAGGGUUUGGGUUUGCUUAUUUAUGCAUACAUGCUUGACUUUCUGUCUAAUAUUCCAAGCUUCCAAAAUGGGUCAAAUGAUCUGAUUUUAGUCAAAUAUUUAAAUUUAAAUUUCUAGUUCAAAAUGAUGGUCGAGAUGAAUAUUUAAAGAAUGGUGUGGGUGGAUAAUUUUUGCUAUGUGGUUGCUCAAAAUAUUUGUCACGUUUAUUAAUUGUACAUUCCGUGUCACAUAACAUGUUUUAAGAAUAAAGUUUAAUUUAAGUUAAUGAAAAAUUCUGAAAACUUUCCAUUUAAACUGUUACAACAUUUCACGAUUCAUCUCUAUGAAAAUAUUCCUGAAAAACAGAAAAAACUUUUUCAAUUUUCUUUAAAACUUUCUAGUUGACACAAGCAUUAAGUUACCAUGAAAACUUUCGUCAAGAAAGAAGAAAUUCUGAUCCUUUCAACUAUCUACAUUUACACAGUAUAACUUUGCUUGACGAGAAAGGAAAUUAUUCAAAUAUUUAUUCUCAAAUGUAAACACAACUUUGGUUAGUAAUUUAACAUGAAACAAACGAAAAUAAAGUAAAGUAAAUCAAUGUUUUUUUGUAAUAAAUAAAUAA